AUGAAAAUGUGUACUUCUAAGAAACUCAAGUUCUUGUAUCUUGAUCUUCUAAGUCUCACCCUCAAUUUCUUCUUCACUACUUCUCUAUGCCAGGAUACUUCCACAAGUUUUUGUGGAAAAAUCCAAAUGCAAACUCCUUUCUUGAGUUCAAAUUCAACUGCUACAGUCCCGUUAAACCACAUGAUCCUAUGCAGAUCUCAGAAACUGUACUUUAGAACCUCUCUUGGUCUUUUUCCAGUCUCUUCCAUUGAUUAUGCAAGUAAAACACUAACCAUUUCUCAUCCUUCUUGUUCGUCUUCAAGGCACUACAUCUCUCCUUCACUUCUAUCUGCUGGUUUUCCAAUUCCACCACAACCCAAUUCACUUCUUCUCUUUAACUGCUCAAACAGUAAAUCUCCCAAGUCAUCAUUUAUGCUUAACUGCAGUCACUUGAAUCCAUGUGCAGCUUCUGCUAAAACUCAAGGGCAAAAACUUGAGGCCCCAUAUUCCUGUUUACUUGUGGAUGAUCUUGAAAAGCUUGACAAGGCUUUUCAUCCAAAAGAUUUGAACUGUUCACAUUACAGCCAAGUGUAUAGAAGGUCUCUAAAUGAUGACGACUACAAGGGAUAUGAAUUAGGUACAAGGAUAUCCUUUGACAUUCCUGAUCAUGCGCCAGAUAUCUGUAGUGAAUGCCAAAAAUCUAAUGGAAAUUGUGGCGUUGGGUUGAAGUGCAUCUGCCACCCUGAAGAUUGCAAAGACAAGGUCAUUUCUAUGGCAGGAUCAACUAAGCCUAUUUCCAAUGUCCUCUUAUCUGUACUUUCUUUCUUUGUAGUGUUGGUUUCCUUCUUCAAUUCUUGA